CCAAUUUCAAUUUCGUUGGGCCUCUCGAGCUGCCUUAAAUCUGGCCCAGCCCAUGAGUGUUUUCCCACCAUAUCCAAUCCGACCUCCGAUCGAAACCAGACGUAAUCACCUCCAUCCUUUCGAGUGGCCGUAGUUCCUCCGGCCUCCACAAUCGGCGUCGCCGACUUCUUCCUCUCCGGCCUCUCCAUCCCUUCCCGUCCACUCCCACUUGACAGAAACGAAGAAGAAGGAGAAGGGAAGCAUAAGAAGAUUUCUCUUCUUUUCAAAUUUUAGAGCAAAAAUAGUAAACUCAGCCAUUUGUGUAUAUAAACUGGACUUCGGCGAAACUAACUUCCGGGCUCCGGCCGGCCUUUAUCUUCUGCGGAGGACGGUGACAGCUGUUGUUCCUGCCCUACUUCAUCUUGUCAGGUGCAGAUAGAGAAUUACGUGUUAUCUAAGGUGGAGGGUGAUUGACUUUGUAAACAUGGCUUCCACAUUGUUCAGGAACGUAAUCCAAGCUCAGCCUUUGUUUCUGAAUUCAUCUGCUUUGCUUAGAAGGAAGAAUGGGGUUUUGUAUUGCACAAUGAAGAGCACCUCACAUUCACAUACUCAGACAGCCACAGAAGAAAAGCAGCAGCAGAAGAGUCCACAAAAAAUCAAAGUUCCUCCUCAGAAGCAGAUGAAGGAAGUUAGUAAAAUUGGAGCAGAUUAUGAGGCAGUCAUUGGCAUAGAAACCCAUGUCCAGCUUUCUACAUUAACCAAGGCUUUCUGUAGUUGCCCUUACAGUUAUGGUGCCCAACCAAACACCUGUAUCUGCCCAGUUUGCAUGGGUCUUCCGGGUGCUUUGCCAGUUCUGAAUUCCAAAGUCAUCGAGUGUGCUGUGAAACUAGCCCUUGCACUGAAUUGCAGGCUCUCUUUCAGUUCCAAAUUUGACAGGAAGCAGUACUUCUACCCAGACCUUCCAAAGGGCUACCAAAUAUCUCAGUUUGAUAUCCCAAUUGCAACUGGUGGAUCUAUUGACCUGGAUCUUCCACUUGAAUUUGGUGGUGGUCAUAGGAGGUUUGGUAUCACAAGAAUUCACAUGGAAGAGGAUGCUGGCAAGCUAAUGCAUUCAGGAAAUGGGAGUUACUCGCAGAUGAGCAAUCACCCUUCGCAGGUUGAUUUGAAUAGAGCUGGAGUCCCAUUGUUAGAGAUCGUCUCAGAGCCAGAUAUGAGAACUGGCAUUGAAGCUUCUGAGUAUGCUGCAGAACUUCAAAGGGUUGUUCGGUACUUGGGAGUCAGUAAUGGUAAUAUGCAAGAAGGUUCGCUACGCUGUGACGUGAAUGUCUCUGUUCGACCGAUUGGACAGGCAGAAUUUGGGACAAAGGUUGAGAUAAAAAACUUGAACUCCUUUUCAGCAAUUAACAGAGCUAUUGACUUCGAGAUAUCAAGGCAGGUCAAUCUACAUAGUCAAGGGCAACAAGACUCAAUUGUACAGGAAACUCGGCUAUGGGAAGAAGGUGCACAGAAAACAGUUACUAUGAGGAAAAAGGAAGGGCUAGCUGAUUACCGAUAUUUCCCCGAACCAGAUCUUCCUGAAGUCGUUCUUACAAAAGCUUAUAUGGAUAGUGUUGGUAAAUCCUUGCCUGAGCUUCCAGAAGCAAAACGUAGGAGGUACGAGGAGAUGGGAUUGAGCAUGCAAGAUGUUCUUUUCCUUGCAAAUGACAUAGCAGUGGCAGACUUUUUCGAUGCGACAAUUCAGAAGGGUGCCGAUGUGAAGCUAGCUGCAAACUGGAUCAUGGGUGAUAUUGCUGCCUACCUGAAGAAUGAGAAGUUGUCGAUAAAUGAUAUCAAACUUGUGCCCCAUGAGCUGGCUGAGCUGAUAGCUUCUAUUAAAAGCGGGACUAUUAGCGGGAAGAUCGGAAAGGAGAUACUGUUCGAACUCUUGGCCAAAGGUGGAACUGUGAAGGGACUGAUUGAAGAAAAGGACCUUGUCCAGAUAACAGAUCUUGUUGAUAUUGAGAAGAUGGUCGAUAAGGUGAUUGCUGAGAACCCGAAGCAGUUGGAACAGUACAGAUCCGGGAAGACAAAGCUACAAGGUUAUUUUGCCGGCCAGGUAAUGAAAGCAUCAAAAGGCAAGGCCAACCCGGGGAUCUUGAACAAGGUGCUCGUCGAGAAACUCAAUGCCAAAGUCUGAAGGCAACACACUGGCAGAUGCUUGCAGGAAGGAAAGCCAUGUCCAACGAUAUAAUACGCUGCACUUCCAACACACUGCAAACAGGAUGGAAUUAGAGCCUCAAUCUGUCAAUCAUUGACAAGGUUAUGUUCACAUGCAGAGGGUUUGAUGAUGUAUAGGUUAUUUGUUAUCUGUUGUUAAAUUGUUUAUACUAAUCUUGAUUCUUCAUGAAUGAAUAAGUUUAUUUCCGCCAAAAUAAAAAAAAAAAAAAAAAAAAAAAAAA